AGUAAACGAUGGGUGGCAGAUUCGGGGUCUGAAAUGAGUUUUCCGGAUAUAAGACAGCCCAAAAUUAAAGGAAAUGUUGUUCCGCUCUGCGAAAAGCAAGUUCGAAACGGUGGACGCAGUGCGUCGCCUCAAGCGCCUGGCGGAGGGCACCCUCUCCUCCUACCGACGCCUGUUUCUCCUGCUCCUCUGCAUCUGUGUGGUGUUCUAUCUGCUGCCGCCGAUCUUUCGCUACAUCUUCCUGUCCAGCUAUACCGAAACGAAGGAUCCGCACAGUGUGUGCAUGGAUGACCGCCUGACGCCCUUCAUUCUCCAGAACUAUGAGUUUGAUGCCAACAUUCGUCACGUGUCGCCAUCUGUGCUGCCCGGCGAGAGAGAUUUCACACCCUAUGUGGGCAAUGGCUAUCUGGGUCUAGAGAUAGCCCACGAUGCCUUCCUGAACAUCAAGCACGGUCGAGCCAUGCAGCUGCCCAUUCGCUUCCAGCCGGUGGUUUCUGUUCAGGCCGCCGGCGAAAAGGAGGCCACAGUAGUAGAGUACCUGACGGGUAUGGUGCACCGGUUUCAAUGCCUAGCUGGCUACUUUGUUUCCUACACCUAUUACGCCCAUCGUACCCAGCCAAACAUACUAAUGCAAGAGCUGCAGAUUACCAAUACAAGGAAUAUAGUGGAGGAGAUAGAGCUGGUAAUGCCCAGGGUUAAUCUUCCGAAGCUUACCAGACGCAUAGUGACUCUGAGCGAACCUGUUUCAGUUGGAAUGUUCACCUACAGCGAUCUGGAGGUACUCACGGGUACAGCACAACCCCAACCUGAAGAUCCCAGUAAAUCUAUUGUGAUUAGUAUUGUAAAGCCGCAGCUGGAAUCGAAACUGCAACUGAGGAAACGGGGAACAGUGCGCAUUGUAUAUCCUAUAGCAGUCCAGUACUCCAAACCAGUGACGGAGAAUCAGGUCAAGGGAAUUUCGGAGGCCACCGAGCAACAGGCAACGCAGGCAAUGACAAAACUCCUCCAAAAGCUUGGAUCCAAAGCUACCAAUACCUUGAACAGUAUAAACACGUAUCGGCAGGAGCACAUUGAUGUAUGGACGGAUCUGUGGGCCACUGGUUUCACGAUAAGUACAUCCAAGGCGGAGAACAGUUUGAAUGGCGAUAGAAUUAAUGCCACCAUGUACGCUGUUUUGUCGCAAGUGCGUAGCUUUGAGUUCGAGGAGAUCGGUGGCAACAAGAGAGAGGACAUCGCAAAAGCCCUGACCUACGCCGAGGGUUGCUACGAUUCCUAUCACACACUGCAGGCGGAGAAUCUAUGGCGGGAUAUGUCCGAUCUGCAGCAGCUGAAUUCCUUAGUUUCUUCAUGGAUGUUAACUCUCGAAAAACAGGGCUGUCACAAUCUGAUCCGAGCCGGUGCCUCCGGAGUGAUUCAAGCCAUGGUACUUAGCUUUGGUAGCUUUCGCUUUAGCAAUCAGCACUUGGAGUGCAACAUACAUCCCAAGUUCCUGCACAGGGAUUUCCAUUUCCGACGCCUUAACUAUGGCAACAAAACGCACCUUAACGUCACCAUCAUUGUGAAGGAUGACAACAAAGCGGUGAUAAAUGUGGCAUUGGAUCGCUCCGAUAGAAGCUAUUACGCCUGCGAUGGUGGAUGCCUUGACGAGCCUAUUCUUCUCACACAAAACCGCCGACAAUUCCCAGUUAAACUGACUGAACCUCUAACAGCAAUAUUAUACAUAACUGAGGACAAGCAGCACAUGGAAGAGCUGCACCAUGCCAUCCAUGUCAAGGAGGUGGUUGAAGCUCCUGCCCAUGAGCAGCAUCUAAUAGCUCUCCAUCGGCAUGGCCACCAAUUGGGCGGCCUGCCUACCCUGUUCUGGGUGUCUGUGUGUGCAAUAAUCAUAGUAUUCCACAUAUUCCUCUGCAAGCUCAUCAUCAAGGAGUACUGCGAGCCGAGCGAUAAGUUAAGAUAUCGUUAUAACAAACCGUGAUCAUAGUUGUAUAUAAAACCUGGAUGCUAGUAAAAUAUAAU